UUUAAAUCACAAUUCCCAAACACUCCACAUUUUGCGAUUUCCUAUUAUUCUCGCAGAUAAGCCGUCCCAAACGCAUCUUAAGAAGAAAAAGUGUCGCGGCGAAAUGAAUUAUCAGCUUCCCGCUUCCAGUUUCCACAGCACAGACAUGCGGCUUCGACUGAUACAGUUCCUCAUGCGAUCCACUCAGGAACUCGAAGUCUCGCCGAAUGUCAAAUACGCCGCAUUAUCAUUCUUCGCUGAUCGAUUCUACCCCUCUUUGUCCAGGUUGGCACAAGGCGAUGACACGGCAAACUGGCUUUUGCAACCAAUAAGAGAGAGCAAUUUGCAGUUGUUUGCGCUUAUUUCUCUAUGGAUUUCAAGCAAAAUACAUGAUUCUCGUCCACUGUCUGUGAAAAGUUUGAAGUCUUUGGGAGACAAGACUAUCAAGGAACAACAUUUUACUACUCGAGAUUUCUUAGAAGCAGAGUUGGUCUUAUUGCAGGUGUUGGAUUUUGAGAUUGGUACAGGAAACAAUGCUUUCAUAUUCUUUCAAGAGCUUUAUAUUCAUUUCAAGGGAGUGGCCAAAGUUGGGGAGGUUUUGGACUUUGAAGCAUGCAUGGAUAUCAUGGAUCUUCUCUAUGAAAAGGAUGAGACAUCAAUCUGUUAUAGUCCUCCUUGUUCUCUUGCUGCAUCAAUCUUGGUUGCUUCAUAUGUCAUUACGGUCCCUAAACAGAGAUGGGAAUUUCCUGUUCUUCCCUGGGUGAGUACAGGCUCCUGAAUGGCUAGUAGAAGUAGAAGAAUGGUAAAAUGGUAAAAUGGAAAGAAAGAAAGAAAAGCCAAACAACCGACCUCUUGCGGGAGGUACUUCCCAAGAUUGGAUUGUAACAGGAAUCGACUGCUCAGGACCAUCGGCAUCCCAACUAAAGAACACCCAGCCGCUUUCUGAAACAAAGAAAAAUUAUCUCACACAUUUUGAGGCUGGAGUGCUUGUCGGGGACCACGAUAAGCCUUCGGUCUUGACAGGAGUGGAAGCUCGAAUGACCCUUGCGGCCUUGGCUUCGGAUGAUACAUAAAGAGAAAUUCCCUCGCAGUCAGCCUGUGAUGACCAUCACCUUUAAACAUCUCCGGGCAAGCCACUCAAUAAGCUGAAGAUCUUCCAUGCAUUUGGCAUCAGCUACAAGGGGCGAGCUGAAUGAUAAAGAAAGGCUCAAAUAGGAUUUGACAUUGGGAACUGAAAACCUGCCUUUAACAUGGCUUCAUUGGAACAUACCUUGUCAACCCUGUGGGCAACAAGGGCUCCUCGGUUUCCUCAAGAGCUCUCAUGAAGACUUACUGUGGAAUGCUAUAUGUCUGAUGGAGCUCUUCAAGCAAUUGAGGCGUCAUCCAUGAGCACCAUGCGUUGCCAGCAAGAACUUCAACAACACGGCGGGGCACUCCACUGCCUUCAUUAACAUUAUUGCAAGCCGUUUGAGAGCCGGACAACAGAGCGAAAUAGAAGAAUGACGAGAAGAGAUAGAAAAGUCCACGAUAGGCAGUGGUGAAAAAGCUUGAAACUUGUAAACAAUGGACGGCAACGAAAGAACCUCAAAAUGUGUAGACAAUGGACAACAGCGAGGAGAGCUGAAACUUGUAUGCAGCGGGCAACAACCACACAAAGAGGAAGCACUUAAUGACGAGAAGAGUGAAGAAGGAAUUUAUCAAAAGGCAGAGUAUAGAAGGGUUAAGAGCUCCGGACCACUAGGAGUAAUUCCCUGAUAUUCCCUAAGCCACAUCGCGUAACCACCAGGAACACAAAGUGUAACCUUCUUGAUAUUCUCGAUGAGGAAUCUCCCACCAUUGCAACCCGAAAUGGGUGGGAGCCCAUACCCUACCAAGAAGUGGCGGGAAACUACAGCCUAUAAAUAGAGAGUAGAUGACUUCCUCAUGUACAACCUAUUCCUUAGCCAUUUUCUACUUUGCCUACCUUAUCUUUUCUCUUCUCUCUAUUGACUUAACCAUCGAAAGUGACUCCUGCCGGACCUGACAAGCUUCCCUGCCUUACUCUUUAUCUUUUUGGAUGUUUGGUGUGCAGUAAUUAUAACAACAAUGCUGAUGCUUUCCUGAUGCAUCAAUUGCCAUGACACCCUCGGAUAGCAGCUCAUCCACCUAGGUCGCACUUCCAAAUUGGAAAUGACUUCAUUUUCGUAGCGACUAGCGCCUUUUGGCGGGGACAUUGUGUUGCCGUGGUAUAUACGGCAUAUUUAUUGAGAGUAGUACCAAUUUUGUGGUGGCCUAUUUAUGCAUUUUACAUAGAAACCUUUGAGAUCAAACACAGGAGGCCCAUUUGUAGGUCCUAGGCUGAUGUGGACUCAAACUCAUGAGGCCCAUUUGUAGAUUAUUGGGCCAUAUCAAUCCCUAAAAGAGGAAGAGCCUAAUAUUGUCAGCUUAUGACUUAUGCGCGGGCAGUCGUCGUAUUUUGAUGGGGUCCCCAAAUCUGAACCCUUUUGUGGUAGCUUGCCUUAAUGCACUGGUUCUGUUGUCACUCCAGUGAUCUCUCUCAUUCUAUAGCCAUCAAAGUUGACUUUUACCCACCUGCCGUAUCUGAUUAUGAUCUACUUGACGUAACACCCUUGUGGCCCGUUGUACAAUAUGUACAUGAACUUCACGGAAUCAUUGCUGAUGUCAUAUGAAUCUGAAGCUAAUUUUCAUCUUUGAACGGCAUAAGCUUGUUUUUUCGUUCUUUGGCUUGGGUUCCCCUGUCGGUGGGCUUUGAGCUGUUUUCAGCAAAGCUGAUUUGUUUGUACAGAAUUCUAUAUUACAGCCAGGACAGAAAUUGGAUUGGGUAUGGUCAAUAUUCUUAUGAAGCACUUACCAAAA